GAGACAAUGGGGGUUCAUCUGCCAUGCACUGGGCUACAGAUGGGAGACACCUGAAUGUGAUUGAAUGGAUGAUAAAUGAAGGUUGUAAGGUUGACAUCACUGAUGGACAUUUACUGUGGACACCAUUAAUGCGAGUUGCCGUCCUGAAUGGCAGCACUGAAGUUGCUUCUCUUUUAAUUAAAGCUGGUGCAAAUGUGAAUAUCCAAGACAAGAAAGGAACAACACCACUAAUGGUUGCAGUGCUUAAUAGUCAUGAAAACCUGGUCCACCUGCUGCUGAAAAAUGGGGCCGAUUCUGCUGUAACAAAUGAGGUUAUAGGAGUCAUCAAUAAGAAGAAAGAGACCAUGUUCACGAUAAAGAAAGAAUUGAAGAUGGUGAAAGAGGUCACAAUUGCCAACUGCUUCCAUCAUGCUGGUUAUAAACAGUCUUAA